CUUUGUUUUGAUUUAGUUCAGUUUGGAUUCGUUUUCAGUGCGGUUUUCUCCAGAAAAACCGGAAAAAACGAAUAAUUUAAAGUUUAGUGACUAUUUUUCAUUGAAAAGCUUCCGUAAAAAUGGCACAGGGCAAACUUAAGGUGAAAACGAAGGCACCAGUCAACAACAAAAAAGCCAACAAGAAGGGAAGCGCUUUUAGCAAACGGAAAAAUGCGCCGAUCCAGUCGAAGAAGCACAAGUUCCAGGAAGCUCACAAACUGAAGCAGGUGGUAAGCAAAGCGGUCAAUCAACAGAAUGAAGAUAACAUCCGGAAGCUGGCCUACGAGGGACAGCGAAACUUAAGCCAGGCCCAGCAAGCCGUUCUUGAGCACCACAAACGGCAGGCGGAAACUCAGGAAGCAGGAACCUCGACGAGUUAAGUCGCUUUUGAUAAUUUUGCCCGUAUAAAAUAUUAUUUAAUGUUUCAAAUAAAAUGUCUGCAAUGUAA